AUGGGUCGAAGAAAGAUCGAGAUCAAGGCCAUCAAGGACGACAGGAACCGCUCUGUCACCUUUCUGAAGCGAAAAGGCGGCCUGUUCAAGAAGGCCCACGAGCUCUCGGUUCUCUGCUCCGUCGAUGUCGCUGUUUUCAUCUUCGGCAGCAACAAGAAGCUCUACGAGUACUCUUCGGGCGACAUGCGCGAUCUCAUCACCCGCUACACCUACCAUGGCGGUCCAAAUGAGCACAAAGGACCAUCCGACUUCAACGGCGGCGCAGACGACGGAUCCGAGGAUGAGGAAGGCACUCCUCCCCAGCCCGAGGUGAUGGACCAGGCCAUGAUGCCGCCGCAGUUCCAGGGCCAGCCGCCAUUUCAACACCUCCGCCACCACACUCCCUCGGCCUCACCUCCAAUCCCCAAUGGCAUGGUCUUUGCGCAACACGCAGCGCCGAGGGGCCACACUCCCCAACCCCAGAUGGGUUCUCGCCCGGGAUCCAGGAACGACAUGCACAGGAUGGUCCAACCCGGAGGGCCUCCAGCACCGCCGCAAGGCCCUCCCGUGAACGGCUUUGCCUACAUGCCUCAGCCUGCCAUCUACAACCCGCAAAACCCCCCCAGCGUGCCCCAUGGAAUACCCCAGCCUGGUCCGCAAUACCCAUACCCGCCGCCUCAGGCGCAACCUCCCCAUAUGCAACAGUACAUGGAGGAGCAGCGACGGUCCAUGCCUCCUAGCUUCCCUCCCCAAGCGCAUCCACAAGGCGGUCCACCCCAGCCACCCCAGCUGGCCCGGCACUCGGCAUCGCCGCCCCAGAUCCACGUCCAGCAGCUGCCCCAGCAGCCGAUUCCUCACUCGUCUCCGCCUCAACCCCAGCAGCAGCAGAUCCCCAGUCCCCCAGUGCCGCAGAUCAGGGAGCCGCCAGCGCCUGCUCCCGUAGAGCCAAAGACGGACAUGGUCCCACAGCGACCUCCUCAGCCGCCUCUCUUGACGACCGACGUGAAGAAACUGCCGCAGCGCAAGCAGCACAGCAUCUUCACGCCCAUCGACGAGAACCGCUCUUCUCUGGCCCAGCACCUGGCGGCUUUCCACGACCAUGAGGCGUCAAAGGGCGACGCCGGCGCAAAUCGGUCGCAGUCGGUGGAUGUGGGCAGCGUAACACGUAAUAACACCACUACCACCUCGCCACCGCUUCCGAAGCGUGCUGAUACCGCCCAGACUAUACCGAAGCCUCGGACUACUAUGGCUUCUAUACCCGAAACGACCUUUACGCCUCCGUCGAGGCAAAAUAGUCUCCGCGUUGGCGGCGCGGCUCGUCCUCGGCUCAGGGUCGAAAUCCCCGACGAGCCGUCAGAUGGAGCAGCCAGCGCGACGGCGGAAUCCUCUUCACCCCGAGGGACUUCCACCGAUGCAACUUCUCAGACCACGCGUCGGAACACCGACUCUCACUCUUCUAGCAUGGUUCUUCCCCCACCAUCUCCUUCAGCAACAACACUGCUUUCGGCGGGCGCUACAGGGCCUCCCAACCCCUUUGCGCGCCCCCCUCCUCAUCAGUCCAGCAACAUGAACAUUGAUACCCCUGUCUCGGCACUCCCGUCUCGCUUUCUCAACAAUGAAUUUCUCCCCAGCCCGAGCAGCUUCUACCCGGAGUGGAACUUUCGCGGGAGCGACAGCAAUACUCUGCCUAGCCCUCUGAAUUUCGCCACGCCGGUGGUGGGCACUGGGCCCAGCUUCUUGCGCGACGACAACAAUGCUGCCGUUCCGACGCCGUCCAAUACCAACAAAAGGAAGAGCCCCGAUGUCACCGCAAGUGAGCCAGCUUCAGACCCUCUGGAGCCGGGGAACGAAGCCAAGCGUGCCAAGGUUGACGCGUAG